AUGUCUGUCACCAGAGCCGCCAGCAGACUCUUCUACCCCACGUUGGGCGCCAUUGGCGCCGCCGGGCUCGCGUGGCACUUUUCCGGACCCAAGAUCUGGAACGAGCCCUCCAAAACGUUCAAGGACGGCAGCGAGUGGAUCGACUUGAAGUUGAAGGACUCGUGGCACAUCUCGUCCAACACGAAGCACUAUGUUUUCGAGUUGAACAGCCCGGACGACGUGUCUGGGUUGGUCACGGCCUCGUGCUUGAUGGCCAAGUACGUGACGUCCAAGGGCAACAAUGUGGUGCGGCCAUACACGCCCGUUUCGGACCCCGACCAGAAGGGCACCAUUGAGUUUGUCAUCAAAACGUACCCCGAGGGCAAGUUCUCCAAGCACGUGCACGACCUCAAGCCCAACGACACGGUCAGCUUCAAGGGCCCCAUCGUCAAGUGGAAGUGGGAGCCCAACCAGUUCAAGAAAAUCACCUUGAUUGGCGGCGGCUCGGGCAUCACGCCCUUGUACCAGUUGAUCCACGAGAUCAGCAAGAACCCCAGCGACAACACCAAGGUGGACUUGUUCUACGGCUCCUUGAGCGAGAAGGACAUUUUGUUGAAGAAGGAGUUGGACAAGGUGGCCGCCGAACACAAGGACCAGAUCAACGUGCACUACUUCAUCGACAAGCCGGAGGAGGGCUGGACCGGCCACACGGGCCACAUCGACAAGGCCUUUUUGAAGGAGCACCUCCCGGGCCCCUCCGCGGACUCCAAGAUCUUCGUGUGCGGACCGCCUCCUUUGUACAACGCCAUUUCCGGCAACAAGGUUUCGCCUUCCGACCAGGGCGAGGUCACGGGCAUUUUGUCCGAGUUGGGCUACACCAAGGACCACGUUUUCAAGUUCUAG